CGCACAGAGACCAACAAGUGUUGACACAAGACGAACGAGAUAAAAGCAGAGCGUGACGGUCCUCUGAGCUGAGGAGCUCACUGGUCAGAUAGAGAGGAGUGUUUAGCUGAUGCGUUACCUACCCCGAUUCCUCUGCUCUUUCUGGUUUUACUUGCUUGUUUUGCUGCUGGGAACAUGUCAGCCAUUUCUGUACCGCCACCAAAAUGCCUGCAGAAGCCUCUGGUGGUUCCUCAUCGUCACAUGUUUGGACCAGGACCCUCCAACGUCCCUCCACGCAUCUUGGAAGCUGGUGCCAAUCCUGUCAUUGGACACAUGCAUCCAGAGAUAUUUGAGAUAAUGAGUGACAUCAAAAGUGGGAUCCAGUACAUGUUCCAGACUCAAAACAAAGUGACUUUAGCCGUGAGCGGCACUGGCCACACUGCUAUGGAGUGUGCCAUCUUCAACACAGUGGAGCCCGGGGACAGUGUGCUCGCAGCUGUGAACGGCAUCUGGGGAGAGAGAGCAGCAGACAUGGCAGAGAGGAUAGGCGCCAGAGUAAACACCAUAGUGGCUCCCCCUGGUGGCUGCUUGACUGUUGAAGACAUUGAGAAGGCAUUGUCCAAGCACAGGCCUGUGCUGCUCUUCCUGGCACACGGAGAAUCUUCUACGGGAGUCUUGCAUCCUUUGGACGGCAUCGGAAAGCUGUGCCAUAAGUAUAACUGCCUGUUUCUAGUAGACUGUGUGGCUUCAAUUGGAGGCGCCCCUGUUUACAUGGACCAACAAGAGAUAGAUAUCCUGUAUACAGGCUCCCAAAAGGUUCUGAAUGCCCCACCGGGCACAGCACCGAUUUCCUUCAGUGAGAGGGCAUGCCAAAAAAUCUUCAGCCGAAGGACAAAGCCGGUGUCAUUUUUUUUGGAUUUGAGUUGCCUGGCAAACUACUGGGGAUGUGAUGGAAAGCCAUCAAGAGUAUAUCACCACACAGGUCCAGUCACUGCUUUUUACUCUCUGAGGGAAAGUCUGGCUGUCCUUGUUGAAGAGGGUUUGGAGAACUCAUGGGACAGACAUCAGAAGGUGGCUGAAUAUUUCCACGCUGGCCUGGAGAGCAUGGCUCUCAAGCUUUUCGUCAAAGAAAAGCAUCUAAGACUACCCACAGUCACCACCAUUGUUGCUCCUCAUGGAUAUGACUGGAAAGAGAUCACAAGCUACAUCAUGAAAACACACAAUCUGGAGAUUUCCGGAGGGCUCGGACCAUCGGUUGGUUUGGUGCUCCGUGUGGGACUGAUGGGAUGUAACAGCAGCAGAGCGAAUGCUGACAUGGUGCUGGCAGCACUGAGAGACGCUCUGAAACACUGUCACAGGAGCAAAGUGUAACGUGUGUUUGAUGCUGUAAAGAUCAUCGUGCCAUAAGGAAGAAAAUCAGUGUGAUAAAUAAGUGAUUAUUCUUGGUGUAGUGCAGCUAAAUAUUAUUAUAUAACUCUAUUAAAUAACUGUUCAUGACUAUGAUAUAAAUGCAGUAACUUGACAUGACAGCAUCUAUAAAUGGCACCUUUCACGUGUACAAGAGAAACAACCCACCCCACCCCGUCCACCUGCAUUAUUGUGCUCCUUUGUUUUUUUGUGUUCCAAAACAAACAAACCACUAUAUCAACUGAUUAUUAUUGAAACUGUAAAUAAUACAGUAACUAAAAAUAAAUACAAAUCCUUUCA